AUGAGCUGCACUGCCUCCCUGCGAGGGAAGAUCUCCGGGGCCUUCUACAACCACGGCUUGCGCUGCGCCUCCUGCCCGAUUCCCAUCAUCCUCUUCACCGGCCUCUGCGUCCUGGCCUGCUGCUACCCGUUGCUCAAGCUCCCGCUUCCGGGCACGGGGCCCGUGGAGUACACCACCCCGGUGAAGGACUACUCCACGCCUCCCCCCUUCCCGGCCGGCCAGCAAGGAGAGCCCGGCGAGCGCCCCGACUGGUACUCCGGAGCCCCCGUGGCCUACAUCCAACAGGUCCUGGUGAAAGCCACCGUUUCCCCGUGGCCAAAGACCUUCCUGCCCGUCGACGUCUUCCGCUCUCCGCUCGCCCGGGUCUUCCAGCUGGUGGAGGAAAUCCGCAACCACGUUUUGCGAGACGGUUCCCGGAUUCAAAGUUUGGACGAUACCUGCCUUCAACUGACCGAUCUCUUGCCCGGCUUGAAGAAACUUCGGGGUCUGCUCCCCGAACAUGGCUGCCUCCUCCUCUCCCCGGCGAAUUUUUGGCAGAACGACCAGGAGCGUUUCAGCGCGGACCCCGAUAUCAUUAAAACCGUACACCAGCACGAGCCCAAGACCUUGCAGACGUCGGCUACGCCGAAAGAUCUCCUGUUCGGCGUGCCGGGAAAGUACAGCGGGGUGAAUCUCUACAACCGGAAGCGAGUGGUUGUCUACGCCAUCACCUUGGGUCUCCGUCAUUAUGACGCCAGGUUUCUCGCCAGCCUCCGCUCGCGGCUGACGCUGCUACAUCCCAGCGCCAACAGCAGCCUCCAGGAACACCAGAUGAUCCACGUCCAUUUUAAGGAAGAAAUCGGCGUUGCCGAACUCAUCCCGCUGGUGACCACCUACAUCAUCCUCUUCGCUUACAUCUACUUCUCCACGCGCAAGAUCGACAUGGUGAAAUCCAAGUGGGGUCUGGCUUUGGCGGCCGUCGUGACGGUGCUCAGCUCCCUGCUCAUGUCCGUCGGGCUGUGCACGCUCUUCGGACUCACGCCGACACUCAACGGAGGGGAGAUUUUCCCGUACUUGGUAGUUGUGAUCGGCAUCGAGAACGUGCUGGUUCUCACCAAAUCGGUGGUGUCCACGCCGGUCGACCUGGAAGUGAAGCUGCGCAUCGCGCAAGGUUUGAGUAACGAGAGUUGGUCCAUCAUGAAGAACAUGGGCACCGAGUUGGGGAUCAUCCUGAUUGGCUAUUUCACCUUCGUCCCGGCCAUCCAGGAGUUCUGCCUUUUCGCCGUGGUGGGCCUGGUCUCCGAUUUUUUCCUCCAGAUGUUCUUCUUCACCACCGUCCUGUCGAUCGACAUCCGUCGGAUGGAGCUGGCCGAUCUCAACAAGCGGCCCCCCGCCGAAGCCUGCCUCCCGCCCCCCAAGCUCGGCGCCCGCGGCCCGCGCUACGAGCGCCAGCCGGCUAUGCGCCCGGCGACCAUGCACACCAUCAACCUCCAGACCUCGUCUCUGCGUAACCUCCGUCUUCCCAAACGGCUGAGGGUGGUCUAUUUCUUCGCCCGGACUCGGCUGGCCCAGCGGAUCAUCAUGACUGGGACGGUGGUCUGGAUCGGCAUCCUGGUUUACACCGACCCAGCGGGCUUCCGCCUCUACCUGGCUUCCCAGGUGACGGAGCAGAGCCCCCUGGGCGAAGCCGGGCUUCCCGUGCUGCCGGUCCCUGGUGAGGUCCUUCCAACCGGGGACGCCAAGUUAUCCCUCUCGGUCUUUUCGGCGGACCGUGGGCAGCCUCCGCCGCCGCCGCUGUCGGAGAACCAGACGUCGGAGUCGGCGCGGCGGCGGGCGGCGGGGCACCGCGCCGAGGAGCCGCCGAACGCCAGGAGCCGGGGUCACCCGGAGGUGGGCUCCACGGCGGAAGUGACCUGGGGGGCCGAGGACGAGGAGCUCUGGAGGAAGCUGUCCUUUCGACACUGGCCCUCGCUGUUCGGCUACUACAACAUCACCCUCGCCAAACGGUACAUCAGCAUCCUUCCGGUCAUCCCCGUCACCCUCUACCUGGACCCGCAAGAGGCUUUGGAGGCGCGUCACCCCCACGAAGCCAGCCGGUACCCCUCCUCCUCCUCCUCCUCCUCGGACGUCGUAAGAGCGGAGCAAGCCGAACGGCUGGCCGAAGAGAAGCCCAAAGGACACACACCCCGGGACGUCACCCUGUAUAAGGUGGCCGCCCUCGGCCUGGCGUCCGGCAUUCUUCUGGUCCUCCUCCUCUUUUGCCUCUACAAAGUCUUGUGCCCCAAGAAUUACGGCCAAAACGGACUUUCCCACAGUCGGCGGCGGCGAGGGGACCUCCCCUGCGACGACUACGGAUACUCGCCACCUGAGACGGAGAUCAUCCCCCUGGUCCUCCGGGGCCACCUCAUGGACAUCGAAUGCCUGGCGAGCGACGGGAUGCUACUCGUCAGUUGCUGUCUGGUGGGCCAGAUCCGGGUGUGGGAUGCGCAGACGGGAGACUGCCUGACGGUCAUUCCUAAGCAAGGCCUGCGCCGGGACCACAACAGCGGCCUCUUCGACCUCCCCCGGGACCUUUGGGAUUACGCUCCCGACGACGGCGGUCCGGAAGACCCCUGGGACGGCAGCCCCCCCUCCCGUCGGGCCCGCAGCCCCCCGCCCCCUCUCCUCUUCAGUGACCAACCGGAUCUCUCCUCCCUGAUUGACACCAAUUUUUCCGAGCGAGGCGGCCAAUCCCCCGGAGCCCCGGGAGCCCGUCUCCGGACUCUCGGCCUGCGCCCGGAGGGCUACGAUUUCACCAGCCUGGUGGGGAGGGUCUGCGAGGAUUCGUCGGGAGCCCUCCCCGACCGCCCUUCCUUCUCGGGCCCCGAGUGCGAGACCCGACGGCGGAGCAGCUCCGGGGACGAGCCCCUGCCGGCUCCGGAGAAGGCCGCCCCCCCUCCUCCUCCUCCUCUCCCGUGGGGAUCCGCCUCGGAAAGCUCCAUCUGGAGCCUGGAGCUGCAGGGGAAUUUCAUCGCGGCCGGCCGGAGCAACGGGAGGCUGGAGGUCUGGGACGCAAUUGAGGGGACCCUGCAGUGCAGCAGCGAGGACGGCCCGUCGGGGAUCACCUCCCUGGUCUUCCUGAGUGACAGGAUCGUGGCUGCCAGGCUGAACGGCUCCCUGGAUUUCUAUUCCUUGAGGACCCCCCCAUCCAGGCACCCCACUCCCUUCCAAGCCCCCCUAGGCAGGAACAGCCUCCCGUCCCCGCCGGUCUACAGCGCCAGCGACGUCCUCGCCUGUCACCUGACCCACACGGUGACCUGCGCUCACCAAAAACCCAUCACCGCCCUGAAGGCUGCGGCCGGACGACUGGUGACCGGCAGCCAGGACCACACUCUCCGAGUGUAUCGUCUGGAGGACUCGUGCUGCCUCUUCACCCUGCAAGGCCACUCGGGCGCCAUCACGGCCGUCUACGUCGACCAGACCAUGGUGCUGGCGAGCGGGGGCCAGGACGGCGCCAUCUGCCUCUGGGACGUGCUGACGGGCAGCCGAGUCAGUCACAUCUGCGCACACCGGGGCGACGUCACGUCCCUCACCUGCACCACCUCGUGCGUCAUCAGCAGCGGCUUGGACGACGUGAUUAGCAUCUGGGACCGGACCUCGGGGAUCAAACACUACUCCAUUCAGCAGGACAUGGGCUGUGGGGCCAGCCUAGGUGUGAUCUCAGACAAUCUGCUGGUGACCGGCGGUCAGGGCUGCGUCUCCUUCUGGGACAUUGGCUACGGCGACUUGCUACAGACCGUCUACCUGGGCAAGAGUAACGAAUCGCAACCGGCCCGGCAGAUCCUGGUGCUGGAGAACGCGGCCAUCGUCUGCAACUUCGGCAGUGAACUCAACCUGGUUUAUGUACCGUCGGUGCUUGAGAAGCGAGACUGA